AUGCGGAACGGUCACUGGCAGGGAGGUGGUCGCUGGCACGUCUCAACCGCAAUUCUCAGCGCCGAUGACGGAUCUGCAUGUUUGCUCGAAGUCGACAUGAUAGCGCGUAGGGAGCCGGUAUUGCAAUGCCGUUCAAUUGCCGACGCCGCGAACAUUGGAGGCUUGCAGAGUUGGCUACCAUGGCUAGGAGUCGACGUAGUCACGGAACAUCGCCACCCAGCCCAAACCCCAGACAUGGGACGACACGCCCUUUCAUCUCGGCGGAGCUCAAAGGGUCCCCCAAAAGGCCAAGAGCCAAAUGCUAGAAGCGAAACGGAAAUUGGAGAAACCGACGACGGCGUGUCCGCCAUCUCCGCGCGUUCGCGCCAGGAACGUAAUACCAAUUAG